AUGACGCUCCUGCAGUGGCUCGAGGUCCCCCAAGAAGGAGAGACCAUUCCCGACCGAUGGAUCAAUAGUGAUAUCGAACCCAUUCAGGCGGAUCGCCGCCGCUGGGGGUUUUGGACCUUCAACAAUUAUUGGGUCCUCAUCAGCUCCAACAUCUCUGGAUAUAUGACCGGCAGCUCGUUGAUCGCCUUGGGACUGUCUUGGUGGCAAGCUAUCGUCGCCAUCGUGGUCGGGAAUAUCCUGGCGACCAUUUUCAUCGUUCUCAACUCGCUGCCCGGGGCCUAUUAUCAUAUUGGAUUUCCUGUUGUGAAUCGGUAUGUCUGGGGCAUGUAUGGCAGCCAGUUUGUCAUCUGGAACCGUAUAUUUCUCUCCCUCAUUUGGUAUGCCUUUCAAGCAUGGAUCGGAGGCGAGUGUGUGUAUGUUUGCCUGCAAGCCAUUUGGCCCUCGCUGGAGAAGCGCAUCCCCAACCACAUGCCCGCCGACACCGGCAUGACGACCGCCGAGUUCGUAGGAUACAUCAUCUUCAUGGUUCUUUCUCUGCCGGUAAUCUAUGUGCGACCGCAUAAAUUGCAGAAAAUGUUCUACAUCUCGGCUGUCAUUGUUAUUGUUUUCGAAUUCGUACUGCUAAUCUGGUCAUUGGCGACCAUGGGUCCCAACGGCUUCGGUGAAACGCUGUCUUCCGGAUCGAAUGUCUCUGGGUGGAUGAUCGCGUAUGGAAUCAUCAGCACGAUAGGCAGCAUCUGCGCCGGUAUUUUGAACCAGAACGACUACGCGCGGUUCGCACGACGACCUCAAGAUGCCAUUUAUGGCCAGCUCUUCAGCGCGGCACUGUACGCCAUCAUAAUCGGCGUGAUUGGCAUUCUCGUCACAGCGGCCACGCAGGAACGCUAUGGAGAAGCCUACUGGAACCUUCCCAAGCUGCUGGGCGCCGUCAUUGAGACUGGGGGGUCCCGGUCGCGCGCAGCAGGCUUCUUCGGAGGCAUCGCGUUGAUUAUCUCGCAAAUGGGGGUCAAUGUCCCGGGCAACGCUUUGUCGGGAGGGUUCGAUCUGGCGGCGACCUUCCCCAGGUACAUUAACAUCCGUCGGGGCGCGUACCUGACGGCAUUGGUCUCCAUUGCAGCCAAUCCAUGGAGAUUGGUCAAUACGGCCACGGUGUUUAUCACGGUCCUUAGCAGCUACUCGGUGUUCAUGGCGCCGAUGAUCGGGCUGAUGAUCGCGUCGUACCUGUGCGUCCACCAGCGAAAGAUCAAAGUCCCGGACCUGUUUGUGGGAGAUGCACGGAGCAUCUACUGGUAUACAUACGGGGUAAAUUGGCGCGCCAUUGUCGCGUGGAUCUGUGGGACAGUCCCCUCGCUUCCCGGUUUCAUUGCCUACGUCAAUCCAACCAUCCAUGUUCCGGCCGGGCUGAUGCAUCUGUACUACAUCUGCUUCCUCAGCGGCGCGUUGAUCGCUGGCGCCGUGUUUGCGGCGCUGCAUUUUGUUUUUCCCGACCGACGGGUGCGAUCGUUUCUCGCAUCGGCCCCUACAUCUCGAAUUCUGAUCGAGGAAUACCGGGACCAGCAGAUUACGGUCGAAGCAGUGAUUCAUGUGAGGUCACCGAAGCUCUCGGAUGAUGAGGGAGAAACUGCCAUCAAUGAGCGAGUUUGA